AACUCCCCCCAAGCCAUAAAUGAGAGACAAAAGACACAAAAUAAAAAACACUUUAUAAAUAAGCAGCAAAAAAGCCUUGAUAACUGAAUAAAGUAGUAUUUUUACAGAUAGAACUAUUAUCACAGUGUUUUCACAGCUUUUAAGUGCUUCGUGGUCUCCUGGGAGCAGAGUGACUAAUCCUUCAUAAAGUACAAGAAUAGUGUUUUAUUUCUCCAUUCUCACACAGCGCCGUGUCUUCGGUCUCCGGCCUUGUGUGUUUUUUUUAAUUUUUUUUUUAGGAUCAGACUUUUUUCAGGAGAGACGUUCAGGUUCUGCACAAUGACUCAUCCGGUCUUCCUCCCGGUUUUCUGCUUCGGUUUGUUAAAUGGUUUACGUUGUGUGCUCGUUUGUCUUUAGCGAGUGUCUUCACCAUUUGUUCAUGAUUUGAAGUUUUUAAAAUGUAAAAAUAUAAUUUCAAGCAGUGAAGAGCAUCUGAUGUCAUUAACUGAUCUCAGAUUACUACGCUCAUCGAGAAAUACGUCAUUUUAACCUGUCAAUCACAGUAAGCCCCGCCCUUAAUACUUUAUUUUACUCCAAAAAAUUAGAAAAUUUAAACUCAAUUGAUUAUUUCUUCCAACGGGAGUAAAGUGUGUCCGUGCGCGUGUCUGUUCGCUGGGCGUCGUGAACGCGCCUCGCGCUCCUCCUGUCAUUCAGUGGAUGAGCGCGCGCGAAGAAGCAGCUUCAGGUCUGUUCCAAAAAAAUACUUUCUGCUUCAUUUAAAUGUCACCUCACGUCUUUCACACGCGAUUAGAUUGAAUUGUGAAAUAAUUCCCGUUUAAUGUCAGCUGCAGAAUGCUCAACGGAGCGAUGUCGGAUUUUACAUUUCACUAAAAGCUGAUUCUUUUCCGCCUAAAAACUUUCUGCUUGUGUUUUUUGUUAUUUCUUCUUUAUUCUACGGUUCAACACGCAGAAUCUUGUGUAUUUUAUGUCAAAAUUAUGAUUUCAGCUCGUGGCUCUGCUGCAGAUGUAUCGGCAUCUCUUGAUUUUCUCAUUAAUCAAAGUCCCGCCCUCUCAUGUGGUUCCCAAAGUGCGGUCCGGUGACGCCAGUGGGUCCCCGAGAGAACCCGAGGGGCCGGAAGUAAAAUAAAUUAAAAAAAAAGUCACAAUCUUUCUCAUUAUUAUUAUUACUAUUAUAUUCUGCAAGCUGUUACGAAGGGCCAACGGGUCGCCUAUGUGACGUUGAUUCGAGUCAUAACUGGUUAAAUAUCCAAGUAAUUGGACAAAUGUUCAGACAUAAUUACCUUUUUUAUUUAGAGAUGACUUCAGCUGAUUGUUGAAUUUAACACACAGAAUUAUUUUAUGUUCUUUAUAGAACCACUUUCACAACAGAUGCAGAUAAUUUAUAAUUAGCUAAAAUUAUCGUUAUUUGUUAAUCUGACGUCUAUUUUCUUGACAUGAUGGUAGAAAGUAACUAAAUACAUUAACUCAAGUAUUCUGCGAAUGUAUCGAACACACGACUAGUUACCUCAUGAUUUCAUACAAAAUACAAUCCUAACUGUUUUUUAAUGUACUUCUCCUGAAGUGAAAUACUUCACGAGUGUUGAAUCCUGCUGUGCUUUGCUUCAGGAAUCAUGAUCAGAGGUGAUUGUUCAAACUCAGCCGACACAUCGGCGUUUUGGUAGAAAAGCUCUAAAUGAGUUCCUCAGACGUCCCAGACGAGGCGACACAUUCCUCGACCCGCGGACAGAUCUAACAAGUAGACUACACCGACUCUGUAGCCUAGCAACGCCAUCGGCGAAACCGCCAAAAGGGUGCAGACAAAAAACAUCUUCGUCUUUACUUUAGCGGAGAAUCACGUUUCUGUGAGUCGCACCCUGAACCGUGUGUGUGCGUGUGUGUGUGUGUGUGCGUGUGUGUGUGUGUGUGUGAGCGGUUACACCGUUGAGCCGUCCAGGAAGUGUCGUUCCCCACAGUGCAUGCUGGGAUCGGCCACCGCGUACGGGAUGUGAGUAGAAGUAGAAGCAACAUCCCGUGUUUUUCUUCUCGUCGUUGAAUGUUCAGACUCGGACCAACAUGCCGACCUGAUCCCGUUAAAAUGGCCGACCCGACCAACCGCAGCACGGCGGCGCCGCCGCCGCCGGACAACUUCCUGGCCGGCGACUUCCCGGACUACGAGGUCCCUCCGGACGAGAUCCCGGACACCACGCGGGGCCGGGCCUUCUUCGUGGCCACCAUCGUCAUCGCCGCGGUCCUGGUGGGCAUCAUGGUGGUCUGCGGCGUGGGAAACUGCCUGUUCAUCGCCAGCCUGGCCCGCUACAAGCAGCUCCGCAACCUGACCAACCUGCUGAUCGCCAACCUGGCGGUGUCGGACGUGCUGGUGGCGGCGGUGUGCUGCCCCUUCCUGCUGGACUACUACGUGGUGAAGCAGCUGUCGUGGGACCACGGCCUGCUGCUCUGCGCCGCCACCAACUACCUGCGCACCGUCUCCCUCUACGUGUCCACCAACGCGCUGCUCGCCAUCGCCGUGGACAGGUACAUGGCCAUCCUCCACCCUCUGAGGCCUCGCAUGAAGAUCCAGACGGCGUACUGCGUGAUCCUCGCCGUCUGGACGGUCUCCCUCUUGGUGUCCAUCCCCUCGGCCUACAUGGCCUCCGAGGUGACCUACCCGCACGCGGAAGGCCGCCCGCACAAGACCUUCUGCGCUCAGAUCUGGCCCGUGGACCGGCAGGCUUACUACCGCUCCUACUUCCUCCUCGUCUUCGCCCUGGAGUUCGUGGGGCCGGUGGCCGCCAUGUCCGUCUGCUACGUCCAGAUCUCCAGGGAGCUGUGGUUCAAGGGCGUCCCGGGCUUCAAGACGGAUCAGAUCCGGAAGAGGCUGCGCGGCCGUCGGAGGACGGUGGUGGUGCUGAUUCUGGUGCUGGUCGCCUACGUCCUGUGCUGGGCGCCGUACUACGGCUUCGCCCUGCUGCGGGACUUCUACCCCACGCUCAUAUCCAGGGAACGGAACUCCCUGGUGGUCUUCUACGUCAUCGAGUGCGUCGCCAUGAGCAACGGGGUCAUCAACACCCUCUGCUUCAUGAGCGUCCGGCACAACAACCAGCGGCUGAAGCGGGCGGGGAGGUUCCAGCUCAGGCUGGUGGCGUUCGUGGCCACCAAGUCGUUGGAGGAGGGCGAGGCCCGGACCUGCUCCCUGCGGGUGACGGAGGAGGCGGACGGGGCGAGGCUGAAGUAGGAAAAAAACGGCCCGGCAGCUCGUCCAGAGACGAGCGUUCAAUCCUGCCGGAGCGAGGAAACCCAGCGAUGAGUCGGCAUCUUUUCACCGCUCCUUCGCGUCAACGUCUUUUACAAAAGGCUCGUGGUCCCCCCCCCCCCCCAAACAUCGUAAAUGGCUACGAGCACUUUGCAAAGUGAAGCGGAGCAUCGAUCGCAGAGCGAGACGCUUUAAUACAAACAACUCUCGGGCCAAUCACAGGGCAGCACGACAGGGACUCUGACGAAGCGGUUCUCUUCGGGGGAACGGACCUGUCGCCAUGACGACUCCGCGUGAAGACGCAUUCACGGGCCCCCGGAGCCCGAGGGUGUGUCUGGUGUUUCGUUUGUACGAUAAUGAUGAUUAGUCAUAUUAAAUAAAACAACUUCCGCUCGGUCGUGAAACGGAACGCGUCGUAUUUCAGAUUGCGACACGGCGGCUUUCACGCCGCGGCGCGUCUCAAGGUCACGGCUUAAAACUCCAUUAGAAGUGAAGUGUAGACGAAAUCGAUUUCACAGAGGGACUCCAUUUCAGAGCGAGCCAGAAGGUGUUUACGGCGUGGAGCAGCGAAGUGUUCUCCACUUUGGUAAAAGUACUGAUAAAACACUGUGAAAAUGUUACAAGUGAAAGUCCUGCAUUCAAAACCUUAAUUAUGUACUUAAAGCAUUAAAAGUAAAUGUCCUCAUUGUGCAGAAGCAUGUUCCCUGUCAGUGUUUUACUAUUUAUGAUAUCGGUUGUUCCUGGAUGAAUAUUACUGUAUUAAUGUGUAUUUUUUCAAAUUUUACUGAUUACUCUUUACGCUCUGAUUAUAACACACAACAAAGAUACUGUAUCACAGCUGUUUGAUGCUAUUUUAAUAUCUAACCUGUAAGUUACAUUCCAGGGUCAUUUUUUAUUAUAGUGCACCAAUGAUCAUAAUCCCAAAAUAGAACAUGGUUCCUAAAGGGUCCGUUCUGCAUAAUCGUGUAUUUUAGGGACGGCUUCUCCUCAGCGGGACAGUUGGUGUUUUCACUGUUUGUAACUUUGUCGCCGUAGUUCUGUAUUUGCUAGUUUUACUCUUUGAAAACACGUGGAAAAAAACUUGCUCCUUG